AUGUCGUCUUCUCGUUCAAGGCUGCUACUCAAGCCCGAGUCGACGGCUUUCUUUGUUUGCGACAUUCAGGAGCGUUUCCGCGGCCUAAUAUGGAACUUUCCUCAUGUCAUCAAUACUGCAGCGAAGAUGCUGGACGCCGCUGAGCUUUUGAAAGUGCCAGUCAUCGUGACGGAACAGCACCCGAAAGCACUGGGAAACACGGUCAAGGAGCUAAACAUCCAGAACGCGCGGGUUGUCGUUGCAAAGACAAAGUUUUCCAUGUUUGUGCCACAAGUAGAGAAGCUUCUGAAGGAGGAGCUGAAGACUGAGAAUGCUGUGAUCUUCGGUAUUGAGUCCCAUGUAUGCGUCAUGCAAACCGCUUUGGAGCUUCUGGACCAUAACUACAACGUCAUCGUGCUAGCGGAUGGAGUCUCGUCGCAGAACAAAGGGGAAGUCAGCAUCGCUCUCGCACGCCUACGCGCGGCAGGAGCAACCGUGGCCACCUCAGAGUCCAUCAUGUUCCAGCUCCUUGGAGAUGCUUCACAUGAGAAAUUUCGGGACCUCAGCAAACUCGUGAAGAAGCAUUCAGGAGAGACGAAAGCGGCCCAUGAGGCAAUCACAGCCAACCUCUGA